CAGCUGGAACAUUUGCUGACUAAGGUCCAGGACCAUGGACCCUGUGGCCCUCCAGGAUUACAUCUGUUCCGUGGACCUAGCCUCCCUCCCUCGGAUCCUGAAGAUAUGCUCCGGGGUGUAUUUUCAGAGUUCUAUCUAUGAAAUGUCUGGGAAUGAGUGCUGUUUGUCCACUGGAGACUUUGUAAAAAUUAUCCAGAUUCAUCUCAAGAAGGUGAUCUGUAAGAACCCCGAAACAGGCCACAUCACCAAGCUCUCUCCUGACUUCCCAGGCUACUUCAGCUCGACUGUCAGCCCUCAGCUCCAUGGCACCCUGGCCAAGCUGAUAUCUGUUGCUACCCGAUAUGGAACGCUACCUAUCUACUUCAGCUCAGUGCACGACAUUGAAGUGGAGGGCAGAGUGGUGCCCAGGGACCAGCCCCUCGUGCUGACGGCUGUGAAGACAUUGCAGGGUACCCACUAUGCCUGUUGCAUGAUGGACUCAGGAACCCAGCAGUUUACCAUGUACCUACCUACGUCUCUGCAAGGGACUUUUUACAGCUGGGGAUCACACUUCCCACGGACAUUACUCCAGAUAUUGCAGGACUCUGUUCUGCUGGAUCAGCCCCUCAUCUGCCCCACUCUCCACUGGAACUCCCUGAUCCUUCAACCCGAGUACGAGAUUGAUGCCAUCAUGCACAUGCGGAGAAACAUUGUGAAGAUCCCGUCUACCCUGGAGGUGGAUGUGGAGGACGUGACUGCCUCCUCAGAACAUCUUCAACAAUACUUCAUCAAACCUUUGCUGCUCAGUGAGGUCUUGGCCCAGGGGGGGCCCUUCCCAAUGUGGGUAAAGAUCCUAGAGAUCCCCGAUGGUCCCCCCGUCUUUCAUAGGUCCCUGAAGAAAGGAGAGGAGCUAACGAUUCAUGGCCCAACUUCCUCACCGUGGUGGGUCCUGGCGUCCAGUAGGAGCCGGAAGACCCCUCGGCACUUCUUCAUCUCAGGAGCCUACCAGGGAAAAUUGAGGCGCCGGCCCCAAGAAUUCCAUACAGCUUUUGACCUCCUGGCUGCUCUGGCACCCGGUUUCCCACUGCAUGUGGUGGCCACCCAAGAUUGGGAGGGUGAGGAGGGUGACUCCACCUCCCCUUCCCUUUUCAGAGGUGACCGAGUAGAGGUAUUGGGGAAGAAUGAGGGCCCUGAUGGAGAGGUUCUGGUCUGUAAUCGACUAAGUGAUCUGGCUGGGGAGGAGGAAGAGGAUGAACAGAGCAAGGAAAAGGAAGAGUUCCUGCUGCCCCUCUACUCCCCUUGUGGCUUUGUGGAAGAGAUGAACGAUGGGAGACGCUACAGUCUGGCCAACCUAAUGACCCAGGUCUCACUGCCCUGUGAGGUCAAGGUCUUAAGCAAGGACCCUUCCCUUUCUGAGGACCCAUUGUUCUCCUUACUUGGCCUACGGCUGGAGGAGAAGAUCACAGAGCCCUUCCUGACCGUCAGUCUAUCCACUGACCCCAGAGUGGGUUUUGAGAUCCCCCCCAGAUGGCUAGACCUGACUGUGGUGGCCAUCAGUGAGCCACUGAAGAAGCAAGGAGAGCCACUGUUAAUCUCCACAGUGGAAGAACUGACAGAUACCUUCUACUACAAACUUCGGACCUUGCAGGACUUUGGUGCCCAGCCCCCUCCACCCAGGCCCCCCAAAACCAAGCAAAAGUGCAGCAGCUCAGCCAAGCCUAAGCAACCCCCACAGUCAGAGAGAAUGGUCUCAAUGAAGCUGCCUGAACCCCCCAUCAAAAACACCAGAGCCUCAACCUUGCCACAGUUCUCCAAGUGCUGCUCAGAUCUGUAUACCCAGAAGCCUAGAUACUGCAAAAUUCAGAAGGACCUGAGAAAGAGCCCAGAGCAGAGGGAAUCUGCAGAUGACUCCGACCACAACUAUGAGAAUCCCGACGGAGAUAUCAAGCAAACCAUCAAGAAGAUGGAAGAGACCAUACUUUCCUACUAUGACCAUGACUAUGAGUGCGUGGAUACCUUUGGCUCAAGCAAACCAUUCAGAUGAUGGAUGAGGCCACAACAGCAAGGACUCCAACCAAAGAUGACAACUCCACCAGCUUCCCACUGUUCCCAGGUGUCCAUCUCAGAAGCAGCUUGGGAAGGAGGGGUGGCUUGGUGGUGGGGAGAACAGCUCUUGACUCAGAGAUUCAGACCCUACACACUACUGUCCUCCAGUCAUCCUCACACUCCCGUGCUCCUGAGCUUCAGAUCCCACCCUGGGUUUCUGAUUGAUGAGGGCUCACUCUAUCUAGUCCAGCUGUUGCUCUCUUGGCAUCUUCAUGCCAUGCUGCCCCUGGCAUACUCCACAUCCUUUCCAAGUCUUGUUCUGGGAGCAGUAGUGAAUUCAUUACUACCAUUCCUAGAAAAGGGUGUGCCAAUUAGUGGUCCAUUGAUUUCACUCAGCAUCCCUGUGGUCAAAACAGCCAGGCCAAAAUACCCUUCCCUGCCCAUCACUCCCGUAUGUGUGCUGUCUUUCCCUGUUAGAGUAUAAGGUCCUUCCAGAAACAGAACAAUUUAUGCAAUAACAACAAUGACUGUAGAGGCAAAGAAUUUGGAAAAACGCAAGAACUCUGAGCAAUGAAUGGCCAUGUACCAUUCCAGGGGACUCUUGGUGACAUAUGCUGUCCAAUUCCUGGUGGGGAGGGAGAUGAUCCACUUAGGGUGGUGCAGAAUAAGACAAAAUUUUUUGGACAUCACCAGUACAAGAAUUUAUUUUGCUUGACUGUGCUUAUUUGUUUAAAAUAGUUUUUGUUUUUCUUUUUUCUUCUCCAAUGGGGGAAGUGGGAGGAAAAUAAUAGAUUUUUGUUA